AUUUUAUAAGAAAUUACCUUAUAUUUACAUUUUGUAGGUUAUUCACAUGUUUUGUGUACAUCAUGAAAAUUUUGCUAAAAUCUCAAAAAAAAAAUAAUGCAAAUUCCUUGGUCCAUCUUCCUUUACCUUACCAUAUUUCAUUUGAUUUACAUUCCACCACGACUCACAGUGUUCGCCGGAGACGUAAAACCGCGCACCGUCAUCGUCGUCGAUCAAUCGGGCCAUGGACACUUUAGUAAAUUACAACAUGCGAUCGAUUCAGUUCCAGAACACAAUUACAAGUGGAUUGAAAUUCAAGUUAGAGCGGGUGUUUACCGUGAAAAGGUAGAAAUCCCGUCUAACAAGCCUUACAUAAGCCUAGUCGGGGACGACAGAGACACCACCGUGAUACAAUGGUGGGACGGAGGAGGCAGUGCUACACCGGAGUACGCAACAUUUUCAGUGUAUGCAGACAACUUCGUUGCAAGACACAUUACUUUCAAGAACUCGUUUCAUCCGGUUACCAUUUCCCAAGCUCCGGCAGCUUCAAUAUUUGGAGAUAAAGUUGCAUUUUACGAUUGUGGGUUUAUUGGUGUACAAGACACAUUGACCGAUUUCUUGGGACGUCACUUGUUCGAUGGGUGUUACAUCGAAGGUUAUAUUGAUUUCAUUUGGGGAUAUGGUCAGUCUAUAUAUCAUGGUUGCACGAUAAAUGUGACGAGUGGACCGUACAAUGAUAGAAUAUACGGGGCUGGUUACAUAACAGCACAAGGAAGGGAAAGUAUAGAAGACACAAAUGGGUUCGUGUUCAAAUAUUGUAAGGUGGUAGGAAAUUCCUAUGCAUAUCUAGGGAGACCAUAUCAAACGUAUUCUAGAGUCGUUUUUUACAAAAACUACCUCUCUGAUAUCGUUGUUCCUCAAGGUUGGAAUCCCGCCUUCAUUUUCGGCCAUAGAGGUUCAGCAGCACAUGAGGAAGUGGAUUGUGUGGGACCUGGUUCAGACAAAUCUCAACGAGUAAAAUGGGGGAGAAACCUAAAUACUGACGAAUUAAACAGUCUUUUAAACCCUAACACAUUUAUCAACCAAGAUCAUUGGAUUGAGAAUCAGCCUCCCCCAACUAAAAGAAGGGCUCUACAUAAGUUUUUGACAUCAAAAACAACCACCAGAUCCACCACCAUGCCGGAAUUCCGACAACGACGAACUCCAUUGUCGCGCUCAUUCCCUUUCGUCCAUCCUCGAAGGGGCUAAUCAAUUAAGCAGCUACUUAAGUUCCCUAAAUAGACGCCCAAUUGUGCAGAAGUAGUUAAUUUAUUGUUACGGAUUAUGGAUUGAUUAAAUACUUGUAAUUUUUUUUUUCUUUUGAGGGAAUCGUUAGGCCGAUAUAUUAUAGUAAUAAAUCAAUAUUCGCCAAGGUCGUUAGACUUUGGGGAAGUUCUCAACACAAACAAACUCACGAUCAUCAGUUUUCCAUCUCGCAACAAGAUGAGCCACCGUAUUACCAACCCUACGUACAUGAUUACAGUAAAAAGACUCAAAAGACAUUGUCCACUUAGCUAUAUCCUCAUUAAAUACUUGUAAUUCGGAGUAAUUAAUUGUUUAAACUUUCUUUUUAUUUAUUGCAAUGAAAAAAAAUUAGAGUUUUGAUCGUGAUACUUAUUUUGUUAGAUAUAGUUCGUGUCCGUAAAAUGUAACCUUUAUAUAAUGAAAAUAUAUUCAUAUAAACAACUAAUUUAUGAUC